AUAUUUGCAAUUUCAGAAGGGAAGAAUGCGCAACUCCCAUCAAAAGCUUCGCUUUACUUGCUCUCAUGGCGGCUUUAAGAGGUAUCUCCCAAGCUGGUAACAUUUCUCCUGCACGGAUGAACUUCUUCAGAGGAUUCGCUUCCAGGCUCUUCGUCAAAGGUAUAUCUUUCUCCACCACGGAGGAUACACUAGUGGAAGCAUUUUCUAAAUUUGGCCAAGUUAUUGAAGCUAAAGUAAUUAUGGACAAAGUUAGAAACCGAACAAAAGGUUUUGGGUAUGUGACUUUUGCUAAUGAGGAUGAAGCCCAGAAAGCCUUGAUGGACAUGAAUGGGAAGGUACUUGAUGGACGCGUUCUUUUUGUGGACAACGUAAGGCCCAGUAGGAAGUUCAAUUCUGGUGUGCCAAUAACAAGAGGACCCCCAGUGCCAGCAGCUGAUAGCUGAUACUAACCUUUCAACUAUUUUCUUUACACAUGCAACAAUGUCAACAAAGUGGGUUAAUUGCCAGAUAUUUCUUUUGUAGCUUGUAUACUUGUCAUGAUUCAGUAAGCAUUCAAUCUACCCUUGCCUCCAAACACCCCUUAAAACUUUCCAUCGAGUUCUCUUUAGCAAUACCCACAUAAAUAAUUAAAUGUUAUCAUAUCUCGAAAGCAUCACCUGGUUGUUCCAUGGAAAUGGGUAGGCAGUUGGAGGAGGUCUCAUCACUUAUAUAGUGAAAUUAUACAAGACAGCAGAACUAUUCAAGGCAGUGGAACUACUUGAUUGUUGCAAUUUUUUUUUAAAACAAAAUUAUAAUUAGAACAAA